CAUAAAUUGCAUUAUCUUAUAUGCUUUAUCUUUUGUUGUUAGACAUAUACUCCUAUUACAAAGGAGACAAAACAAGAAAGUUUCAUGAUCGAGCCUGUCAGAUUGAUACUCAGUUGGUACGUGGAGUGACACCAGAAGGCUCUCAGGUAAUAGGUUGGUUCAGGUUCAGACACAAUACUUCACCAUAUCCUUCCAUGAGAGAACAGUGUAUCCACAAUAAUUUUUUGGCUAUUUUACCAAUUAAUCAACAAACCAACUUUAUUUUCUUACUCGUGACUGGGACACCAUUUGAGAAUCUGGCUACUCACAACUUUGAUUUUGAUAUUUUGAAAUGUGUCAAAAGUGUCCCAGAAUUUGUGCACAUUCCUCUGACAGUGCUGAAUCUAGAGGACACAACUCACUCUGAAUACAAUUCUGAGUACAAUGCUACAAAAUGUGAUUGGUCGGGGAGAAUGGCAAAAGUCAUACAUAAACACAGGCCAGCUCUGUUAAGUAGUGAUAAACAGCCAAAAGAAGUAAAGGAAGUGAUGAGUUUUGCUGAGGAUUUACAGUCCCAGUUAGUGGGCCUGACAGACCUAGUGGUUGCCAGUGAGAUGAAAAUGCAGUGUAUACAGAGGGCUAUUCAGAAAAAGCAGAAACUUCUAAAAAAUAAAUUAGAUAGCAGAUGGGAAUCCAAAAUCAUUGACGAGACAGAAAAGCACAGAGAAGCAGGACACACAAAGAUAAAGCAUGAGCAUAAAAAGAGAGACAAAUCAGAGACCCCACACAUAAUAAGACUGCCCAGGGAUCUACCUCACUUUAGAAAACUCAGUACUAAUGAGGAAAGUCAGUCUGAGCAAAGCCCUACUCCUCACUACUCACGGAAAUUAAGCACAGACUAUGAACUUCGACCUUAUGAUACAAUUGAAAUGGAUUUGCCACAGAAAAACUCCCUUAUGAAUGUGACAGAAGGUGAAAUAUUGGAUUUAAAGCCAGAUAAACCUAUAUUGACAAAACAGACUGAUGCACUUGAUUGUUUAUUUGGAUCUUGCACUAGUAAGAGUUCAACAGCCACACCAAUACCAAAUCCAUUUCCUAACACACAGACUUCUGAUCCAUUUAGUUUUGUAGAAGGAUACAUGGCUCAGGAGAAAUGUGGAACACAAAUUGCUCAGCUUUCAAAGACUUGUGAUAAAAUUAAAAUCGAUCCUGAAAGUGAAAACAUGAAAGGACCAAAAUAUACAAGUGUAAUAAAUCUAGAUGAAACAAGAAGUGUUAGAAACUCUCCAAGAAACAAACUGGCACAAACUCACAGUGACACAAGAGAUCAGAGGGUUAGAAGAAGUCAAAGGUCUAGGUCACGAGAAAACAAAGUUACUCAAGAUGAUAAUUGUGGAAUGGACACUAAUGGAGAAGUGACAAUGGUAACAAAUGACCCAUCUGAGGAAGGAACAAAUCAAAAAACCAAGGAGGAAGGUUUUGAAAUAUCUUCUUCACCCGUGUAUUAAUUUGUUGGUGCUUGUGAUGUGAAACUUUGAAUAGUUUUAGAAAAAUUCUUGUUUGUUUUUCAUAAAUCAUACUGGAUUAACUGAAAAACAAAUGGAGCUAUUAAAUUGUAUACUGUUAAUAAAGGAGUAAUCUGUUUUA